AUGCUUUUAGGCCUCAGAGGUCCUGGCAUCCAAAAGAGCCUGAGACCACAUGAGUCCGUGGUUGUGGUUGUGGUUAUCCCCAGCCAGCAGGGCCUGGAGAGCGUUGCAGUGCUUUUCCAGGCAGGGCUUAGCCCUUUGCUGGUAGCUAGGCAGGUGGGGCUGCUGCCCCCUCUGUGGUCCUGCUCUUCCCCCGGAGGCCUCCCUUCUCCUCCUCCCAUUGCAGGCUGGAUCCUUAUUGACCGGUGUGGGAAACACUUUGGUACGAUACUCAACUACCUCCGUGACGGGGCGGUCCCCUUGCCCGAGAGCCGCCGGGAGAUUGAGGAGCUACUGGCGGAAGCCAAGUACUACCUGGUCCAGGGCCUGGUGGAAGAAUGCCAGGCAGCCUUACAAAACAAAGAUACUUACGAGCCUUUCUGCAAAGUUCCUGUCAUCACCUCAUCCAAGGAAGAGCAGAAACUUAUAGCGACUUCCAAUAAGCCAGCCGUGAAGCUGCUGUACAACAGGAGUAACAACAAGUACUCGUACACCAGCAAUUCUGACGACAAUAUGUUGAAAAACAUUGAGCUCUUUGAUAAGCUGUCUCUGCGCUUUAACGGAAGGGUCCUGUUCAUAAAGGACGUCAUUGGGGACGAAAUCUGCUGCUGGUCCUUUUACGGUCAGGGCCGCAAGAUUGCCGAGGUCUGCUGCACCUCCAUCGUCUAUGCCACUGAGAAGAAACAGACCAAGGUGGAGUUCCCAGAGGCCCGGAUUUAUGAGGAGACCCUCAAUAUUUUGUUGUACGAGGCCCAGGACGGCCGAGGACCUGACAACGCACUCCUGGAGGCCACAGGUGGGGCGGCUGGCCGCUCCCAUCACCUGGAUGAAGACGAGGAGCGAGAGCGGGAGCGGAUCGAGCGCGUGCGGCGGAUCCACAUCAAGCGUCCGGACGACCGGGCCCACCUCCACCAGUGAGCAAGCAGGCGAGCCGCCCUCCUCCUCCCCUCUCCCCUGCUCUUCACUCCGAUGCCUGCAGCCUCCUGGGCACCUUCCACUUCCCCUGGAGUCUGGAGAUACUUUUUUUGUAACAAGCCAGAUUAUUUUGGUAUUUCUCGACGAGGUGACUGUCUUUCCCCAGGUGAAUGCACCCCUGUUCUUGAGCAAGCUGUGUCCAAGGUCUCCCCUUCCCGUGGGGAUCUGAGAAUCCUUGGAGCCAGGCUUUCUUGGUUCUCGGAGAAAAGUAUGAAUGGGUAUGAAGUAGAUGUGAGAAAUUUUGUUUGCAGUAUUUAUUUUGAUGGGUGCUGACUACCUAUUCGGGCUUUGGGGCGGCAUUCCUUCAGGGUUCUGUCUGAGCGCUGGAAGAGGGAUCCUGCAGUUGGCGGCCACCAGAGGUUUCCCUGAGCUGCUUGUUUCAUAAUCCUCCGGCCCCGCACGCUGGCUGCGUUCCUGUGCGUUAGACCGGGCCAUCUCCGGGGCUUUGCCGGAAGUCCAUUCGGCCCCAGGAUCUCGCCCCCUGGCUUGUUGGCAGAUGCUUGCAGUUUGUGGCACGGAAGAUAGGACCGAUGAGCUCCAUGCCUCUGACUGUUAGAGCAUAGCUCUGGAGACCCGGCUCUGUUGGAGGGGCAGGCCUGUUGGGACCCCCACAUGCCUGGCUAAGGGCAGAGCUGGCCCUGGCAGGGAGUGCACUUUUCCCGGCUCCUUCCCUACCUCCUGCCCCUUCCACUUGCCCUCCCUUAUUGACCAACGCCUGGUUAUGGGUGGAGCUCACACACCGCCACUUCCCGUGCUCCAUUCUUUCUUCCUCAGCCUUCUUCCCUGUUAAGCUGGGCUUCCUGUCUCAAGUAGAAGCCCUGCCCUUCGCUUAGAAAGUGGAAGUGGCCUGGCCUCUGUCCCCCAGCCUGGCAUCCAGGCAGGAAGCCCAUUCACACGAGCAGUCUUGGGGCAGCUUGCUUGCUGUAGACGCCGCCAUCACCCCGAGACCGCCUUUGUGUCUUUGCCUCUGGUUUUUACACAGUGUGGAGUGACCACAGCGAGCCAAGUUAGAGGAUGUGCAGCCCCUUUGGGGUCCAGCUAAGUGUUUGUGUUCGUGUUUAAGGGACGUGUGUGACUGUAGAUGGGGAUGUGUGCUUGUGGGGCGCAGGGGGGCCCGCGCUGGAGCCCAGCUGUCCGCACAAUGCUCGUGUCGGACGGACGUUCUCGGUUAUCUACCUCCCAGUCUCCUCUGCGCCUGGGAAGGGACAGAAGUGAGUGGUGACUGAUGUUGCUGGUCGCGACUAGACUAGGUAGAGUAGUUACAAGGAGAUGUGAACGUGUGUAAGGUAAUGGAUGGCAUUUGUCUGCUCUUCAAGGGAAAUGUUACUGUUUUAUACCAAAGGUAUUGAGGUGGGCAGCCUUUGACACAGUGUAUUCCAAAAAACAAGUUUAUAUUUUGAAACGGUUUUUACAGCUUAGGCUUUGUACAUACUGCCCUUCUUGGGACAGUUGUAUGCCUUUAUUUUGUAUCCAGCAGCAGAGCCUACCAUAAAACUUAAAAACAAUCGUGACUGAACCUAAAAAAUCAUGUAUGGGGGGUGUCGAUGCCUUUUAAACUGUUUUGUGGGGUACUUUCUAUAUUAGGCCAUUCGGGUUUUAUUAAGUGCUAAGGAAAGGGGGGUUUAAAUACUGUUUGGUAAAUAUUUUAUAUACCGUUUUAGUUUUAAACACCAACCCUGACGUUUGGGUUGAACUUUUUUAGAAAGUUAAAGUGAAUGUCAGUUGUGAUGUUUUCUGUAGGAAUGGAAAAGCCAUCAUAUGAAUUGUUUUUUAAAUCUUUCUGUGGAGAGUAAGUUUGUGGAACAAUCGGAGUCGUUCGGGCUUCUACACCGUAUGAGCUAAUGUUUCUGGCAGUCUCUACACUUGUCAUUUUGAGUCUUUGCUUUCCUGGGAUCUGAACAGGGUCCCGAAACAUCCCGUGGUGAAGGGUUAGCUGCACAGCCGGGGGCGGACAGCAAGUGGUGGCCGGUCCAAGCUCUGCUAGCAAACGUAUUGCACAAGGAACCGAUUUUUAUGCUAGCAUGAAGGGCAAACAAACAAAGGUCCAUAUUUAUACUUAAGAACCAUCUAAGUAAAACACUGGCCUAAGAUUUGGUAAAGAGUUAAGUUUUAUUACACUGUAAGCGCUUACAGUUGAAGUAGAACAGCUUUUUUCAAAGAAGUCCUUCUUUGUGGUGACUGGGGGCCUGUGCCCGAGACAAUCCUGGAGUAGCCUCUUCUGUUGCCUCCCCCCCCCCUUCCGGUAGGUAGCACAUGAGCAGCGUGGCCGAGGUGCAGGGAGCCCGCGCUCCACGUAGGUGGGCUCGCCUGCCACACCCAGUGGCUGCUCGGGACCCACAUGUGUGCCCCACCCAGCGGGCCUGUGGCACACCUGUGUCCCUAAGCUUGCUUUUCGUGCUGUGAAAAAAAUGCUAUAAACGUUAGAAGUAGUCACUGUCUGUUGUACAAGCAUUUGUGGACGUGUAAAAUAAAAGUUACGUAAUGCCUCUGUUUAAA